AUGCUGGCGCUGCCUAGGCUUGGUGGUGUUCUUCCGCCUGCCGCCGCCGCCGCCGCCGCCGCCUCCCUCGGUCUGCGCGCGCGGCUGAGCUGCGGCCGCGUCGCCAUGGCGAAGAGCAAGUUCGAAUACGUGCGGGGUUUCGAAGACGAGGCCACGUGCUUGCCCAACUGCUGGGUCGUGGUCCGGUUGGACGGCCGCGGCUUCCACCGGUAAGCCCCGCUUCAGCUAUUGGCGGCAGCUUGGUUGCCGCUGGCGACGGCUCAGCCAAUGGUGGCGGGAGGAGGGAGGGGUGGAGAGGUUAUGGGCAUCGCGCAAGGAUAGGGAACCGGUGGUCGGAUUUCUGGGUAGGAGCUGCCCUUGGGUAUCGAGAGGGCUCCACCCAGAGGCGGAUUGCGGGCGGGGCAGCAUCCUUGGGGCACGGCUCCUUAGCCAAGACGGCCACUUGUCGUAAUCUGAAGACCACUGUGGGAAGCUUUGGUUUGGGAGGAUUUCUCCGUUGGGAGUGUGCGCAUCUGUUUAUUUCGUAAAAAUUCUGGAUCCACACGACCUUCCACGGGGCUGGGCGGGGGAGUAAGUUUCCCUGCGGGAGUUGAUCACAAUGAGGGUUUGCCAAAUGUGCCUUCCUCUUAAGCACGUUUUUUUACUCCUCACAAUCAGGUGGUGUAUAAAUUUUAUGAAGCUAAGUUCAGAAAAUGCAUACACCAUUUGAUUGUAGGGAAAACCCAUCAGAGCACUUUACCAAAAAAACCAAAACGCAAUAAAAGGAUGCACUAAAAAGUUUACAACCAUAAUUUAAAACACUGAUUAUUAUAAUAAUAUUUUUUAUUUAUAUCCCACCCAUAUUGGUGAGAAAGUUAAAGCUGCAUUAGAAUAGACUUAAGACAAAUUAAAACUCAUGCAAUCUUCCUAAGCAUCUAGGUAGGCUUGUCUGAAAAAGAUUGUGUUCAGCAGGUGCUGAAAAGAAUACAGUAUGCAGGGAGUUCGUGAUAUUAUUAUUAUAUGGGCCACCCCUCCCUUAUUGCAUCCACCUGUCUGUUUCACAUCUUGUAACUCACAAAACUCACUUCCAGCCAUCCCCUAUUGGUAGACCAGAUAACAAUCAGUAUUGUCAUGAAUAUUUGAAAAGCUGUAAUUGUCCUGCUGCUUCUGAAUAAGGAAAGGAGGAAUGGAAGGUUUUCAUCCUGCUUAAAAAGACACUAAGCUAUAUGAGUUACAGCUAGGAUUCUUAGUAGUGCCUCAGUGGAAGUAGUUUUACUGUUAUAUACUGAAGUUCUCACCCUGGGCCAGCAGGGGGAUACUGUAGAUAGUUUUCACUUAGGUUCACAUAUGCAAAUAAGGGAUUGAAAGUGACGUUCAGUGAUUGGAUAGUUACAGAAAGUGGUUACAGUUGCGUUGUAGUGGAGCUCUAUAUAAGCAGGCUGGCUGAACCCUUUAGUUCAGUUCUGUUGUGGCCUGUGAAUAAACAAGAGCUGUUUGAAGAAUUGCUGUGUUGUCUGAUCUGUUCACCCACAACUUAACAUUUACCUUCCAUUUGGCAAAAAUGUGAAGAAGUUACAAAAAUCUGCUGUUUUUAAUAAAUUAUAAAUUAGUAUUGCAACCAAAACACAAUAGCAUGCAUAUGGGAUCCAGUCCAAAAUUAAAAAAUAAAACCACGCUGAUAACCACUUUAAUAACUUUGAUAAAUUUCAUUUCUUUGUAUUUUUCCCUUUUUGAAGCUUUGCUGAGCAACAUGGUUUUAAGAAGCCUAAUGAUGAUCGCGCUCUUAACUUGAUGAACAAGUCUGCACAGACAGUAAUGCAAGAAUUAGAGGAUAUUGUCAUUGCCUAUGGACAAAGUGAUGAAUACAGCUUUGUUUUCAAAAAGAAAAGCAACUGGUUUAAGAGAAGAGCAAGGUAACUGGUUUUAGAGCUUCUCUCUCCUCCCAUCCCAACCCAAUAUUUGCAUAUCUACUCUUCAUACAAUAUGUUUUAAAUAUAACCAAUUUGUUUAUAUUUUAUUAUAUAGUUAUGCAGACAAUAACUCAUAACAAUUCUGAUUUGGUAAAAAUUGGCAGCUUUUUAAUAAGUGCUGUGUAAAGGCAAGGGGUGUACUAUUUAUUUUGCUUAAAAUUCAUUUUCAUCUGAAAUAUAAAAAUUUGACAGCUGUUGUAUGCAUGCAACAUGCGUUGCUUUUCAUAGAUUUGGUAAUGGCCUCCUUUCAUGUUCAUGCAGUAAUAAUUGCAGAAAACAAAAGAAAUGCAACCAAAUUGGGAGGUGGAAGGGUUUUGGUGGGGAAUUCAGUUCACAAGGUAGGAGAGCAAGUAACAAGGAAUGUAUACAGAUAAGCUUCAAUUUGCACAUUUUCAUUGGUAUAGUCUUUCCAUUUGGCUUAGUAGGUGGUCAUCAGCUGCUGUUAUUAGCAUAUGAUAUGCUUUAAGAAUGACAGUAUAGUGCGGUUUUCAUUCUAUGUCAUGAUCUCAUUGAUGCAAUCAGCCAUCCAGUCCUGAGAGUUGACUGAGCACUAUUAUGUAUGAUAGUUCAGCCCGCAAAUGGCCAAAUUCAUAGAAUCUUCAUUUUCUGUUAUCCAGUUUUCAUAUGCAUGCGAUGCUCUCAACCUCCUGGACUUGGAAAAUGUAGGAGUGAAUCAUACAGAUCUGGAAAACUCUGAAACAUUCAGCCAUUAAUGGUUUACUGUAAAUGUGCCUUUUAGUCUGUUUUACUGCUUCCUGCUAGUGCUGGGAGGAAACAAACCAUGAUUUCUGUGUUUUAGGUUUUGUAUCUGAACCAGGGAUAAAGGUUUCUUUUAUUCCCAAGCAAACUGAAGUAUAGCCAAGGUUUAUUCUUGGCUUACCAGUUAUGGUUUGUCGGAAGAGAACAAGCCAUGAUCCAUGGGUUGGAUGUAAUGCUUAGCCAGGGAUUGUGUUUUGUUUCCUUUGUGCACAAGCAGGGAAGAAAGAAGGUGCUCUCUUGGGCAUGAUCAUGGUAAAGUAUUAGCCAUGGCUUUUGAUGAUGCGUGAACAUAGAGUACUCAAGUGUUUAUUUAUUUGUCAGUGCUGUAGUACUGAUGUUAUUAACUUUCACUUCCUUUUUAUUUUCUGUUUACAAGUAAGUUCAUGACUCAUGUGGUCUCCCAGUUUGCCUCCAGCUACGUUUUCUAUUGGAAAGAUUACUUUAAGGACCAGCCUCUUUUGUAUCCACCAGGAUUUGAUGGGCGUGUUGUGUUAUAUCCUAGUGACCAGAAUUUAAAGGACUAUCUUAGUUGGCGACAAGCUGAUUGUAAGCAUCUCUUACACACAUGAGAAACCACCACCAUCAGGUUUUUGUGUUUGUUUGUUUGUUUGUUUGUUUGUUUGCAUGGGUUUAUGAUUGUUGGUCAGUAUUGCCUGUAGUUACAGAGGGUUAUCCUUCAGCUGGGAUAUUCCAAGACUUUAGUUCUUACACAUAUGGAAAAAGUUAAAACCUUGGAGAGGAUCCAAUUUUAUGCCACAAUGGGAGAGGCAUUGCUUUCAUGUCUUUCCCCCCUGCAUCCCAACAGCAGCAUGAGAAAUGCAAACAGUGUUAUAUUCAAUUGUAUAGUAAGAUGUGAACCCUGCUGCUACCUUCAGAAGUCUAGUCAAUGAAUGUAAAAGGCAUGACAAAUAAGAUGGACAAUCACAGCAACCCAUGUUGUUGUUGUUCUCCCUUCACUGCACACAGCAAUUUACUUGCAUGUUUUCUUCCACCCCACCUUCCCCCACCAAUUAUCUGGCUACCUGACUGAGUAGCGUUUCCAUGAAAUGGAUAGCAGUAGUUUUAGAUUGGCUGGAUGGUCUACAGAAACCCUCAUGUUUGAUGUGACAAAAAAACUGCAUAGCAGGAAAUUUUAUCUAUUUUAAAAACAUGUCACAGGAACUGUUGGUAGGAUAAUAAUAUAUAAAACACUGAUAAAUACUGAACCAAAAUACUGGACUUAGAUAAAAAGACAUACUACUAUUUUUACAAUAUCAUAUUCAUAUAAUAGUUACAGGUAGGAAGCCGUGUUGGUCUGCCGUAGUGUGCAUGCACACGAAAGCUCAUACCAAUGACAAACUUAGUUGGUCUCUAAGGUGCUACUGGAAGGAAUUUUUUUUAUAUUCAUAUAAUAGUAUACAAGUCCUUCAGUAACUACUGCUGUGGCAGAAAGCUUGUUCAAUGUGCUUCCCAAUGUAGUCUGAUGUUUGUUAUUUCAUUCCUGCAGGCCACAUAAAUAAUCUCUACAAUACAGUAUUUUGGACUCUUGUGCAGAGAGGUGGCUUGACACCUGUACAAGCCCAAAAGCGACUACAGGUAUGAAAGUCUUCUUUCAAGAUUAUGCUAAGUAGUAUGUUCACUCAUGCUUGAGGUUUUAAUGCAGCAUUAUGUGCAGGCAUUCAAAUUACACAAGUGUUAUGGGCAAUGAGAAUUGGGAGUCUGGAUGAGGUUGAAGGGGUUUGUAAGUGACACAGUUAUCAUAGUGCAAGGGUGGGUGGGUGGGUGUGAGAGAGAGAGAGUGAAUAGGUUACCUGGGGGCCGGAUGCGGCCCAAUCAUCUUCUCAGUCCGGCCCGCAGACAGUCCGUGAAUCAGUGUGUUUUUACAUGAGUAGAAUGUGUCCUUUUAUUUAAAAUGCAUCUCUGGGUUUUUUGUGGAGCAUAGGAAUUUGUUCAUUCCCCCACAAAUAUCGUUCGGUCCACCACAUGGUCUGAAGGACGGUGGACCGGCCCACGGCUGAAAAAGGUUGUUGACCUCUUGGUUAGAUUUUUUUUUAAAACUAUAUCCAAUAGCUUUAUCUUCCUAUCUCCAUAUUAGUAUGAAUAUAACACUUGUCAAAGUUUAAAAACCAGGUGGAACAAAUAAGGAUUAACUGUUUGUCUAAAUGCAAGCAGAAAAGGGGACUGGUGGGUUGUGUCUACUCCAUCCUGUCUCCAAAUACAGUGCUCAAAUCUAGAUGGAGAGGAGUCAGUGUUUUCAUAUGCCUGUGUGGUGGUGUUUUUAUAAGAAAAAAAAAUAUUUUCUCUUUAUCCUUAGGGAACAGUUGCAAGUGACAAGAAUGAGAUUUUAUUUUCUCAGUUCAGCAUUAACUACAAUAACGAAUCAUUAUUGUAUAGAAAAGGAACUGUUCUACUGUGGCAAAAGGUAAUAUAAUUUUGACAGAUACCUAUUUGUGUGUAAUGCAUUUUACAAACUGUUAUACAAAAUACUUACUUGGGAGGUAAGUGAUUUUUGACAGUCAUAUGUGUGCUGAUUUUCCAGGUGUGUCUGCUUUUAUAACAUUACCACUGCUUAAGACUUAAGCCUAGAAAUGUUCUGGUCUUCAGUGAAAAGGAUAAUUCCUCUGGUAACUUCACUCCUCAAAUUUUAAGUAGUGAAGGUUCAAUAGGAGCACAUCUGCCACUGAAAGACCAGAACUUUACUAGUGAUGAUUCUAAUUUGAGAGUUGUCUUAUAUUAUAGUUAAAAAAAGAAAUGAAACUGGAAUUGCCUUCUAGCCUGCUUCAGUUCUGCGAUUCUACAUUAAUCUGUCACCUGUUCUUAUAGGUAAAUCAAGCCAUUAAAAAGAAAAUUAAAAUUCCAGAGGAAACGGAAGAGAAGGAAGUUGAAGUGACCCGGCCAAGGACUACAGUAGUUGCUUUGCACUGUGAUAUCAUUGGGGAUCAGUUUUGGGACCAGUAUCCUGAAAUCCUAGCUGAUGAUAGCUGA